GCCCCUGUCUAGAUGUUGUACAAGCAUGGAUGGAUUACCAAACAGGCCUACUGGACGCAGGCCCAGAGGCCCGAGAGGUCCUGACCCCUUGAGCCCAGAGACCAGAGCAUCUGGUUAAAAAUCACCAAAAAGGGACACAAAAGGACAAAAGGGGACACAAAACUGUUAAAAAGAGACAAACCGACAACAAAUAAUUGCACUGUUUGCAACUGUUUUUGUCUCUUACAGGUUGGGGGUCCUGUAUUGGAGGGACAGGGGGGCGCUUGAACGUUUUUGCACCCAGGGGCCCACUUUCUCAUAAUGCAUCCAUGUACAAGACACACACACAAACACACACCACAGACUCCUACUCUCUUAUAGUCUUGUCCUAUCUUGAGCUUCAGAUGGCUUACCAGGUCCUUAAUCUGUCCUUUGAGUGACAUCACCCUCUCCCUGCACCCUUCACACACACACACACACACAUCACACACAUUCCUUACAGGACAGCGAGUGAGAGGGAGGGAGGGAAAACAAGAGGUGGUGUCCACUGGUGGUUUAGGGAAGGUGAAUUAGCCCAGCAGUGAAGCGCACAAGACUUAGUAGGAGCACAGAGGAUCGCUCAGACACACUCUGUCAGGGCCAUGGCAGCAGGCACAGCAGAGGGGGACACACACAUGGAGGAUCUGGUGGACCAGGGUCUGGGGAUGGAGGAGACUGUCCACAGCCUGCUGAGGAGGCCCUCGCUGAAGGAGAGCUACCACAGUGAUUCACUGCUGGCACCAGACACUGACUUCAUGACAGAUGACCGCAGUUCAGCAGCCAGUGGGCUGGAUGUGGCCGACCGGCUGACCUAUCUGGAGCAGAGGAUGCAGAUGCAGGAAGAUGAAAUCCAGCUGUUGAAGAUGGCCCUGGCCGACGUCCUCAAGAGGCUCAACAUCUCUGAGGAGCACCAGGCUGCCGCUGCUGGCAGGAGAGCAUCAGGCACUAAAGCCAGGCCAGUAUCUCUGGCUCUGCCCUCCAGACCGCCCAUGGUGACCUCGAGCUCUACCUCCCUGAAGAAGAGUUCCACGCUGCCCUCUAGCUCCACAGCCAGGAACUACAGCCCAACGCCGCCCCGCAGUGGUGUGAAGAGCCCCCUUGGUAGCGUGAAGGACAGUCCGUGUAAGACUCCCAAAACACGGCCCACCUCUGCAGCCUCAACAUGUAAAAAACUUCAGGACGACAAGUCCAAGGAGGCUGCAGUAAGUGUAGGGACAAGACGCGUGACACACUGCAAAGUGACUAUGCAGAUCUAUCUGAGCCCCCACGCAAGAAAGACUGGGUCUUCUGAGACCGCCAAAUCUGCGUCUGCCGUGCCCACCAGCAGCGCCGCGCCCAACAACCCUCAGGCCAAGGGGGGCAGCAAGCCGCAGACGAGGAAAACGACCCCAUCCUUCACCUUGAACCUGCAGAAAACCACAACCAGCCAGAACACGCAGCAGGACACAUCCAGCCACAAGAGCCCCAUCAAGUCGCCCAGCCAGUAUUUUCAGAUUUGUUACUGAGGCAAAGGAAUAAAGAGAGAUUUUCCACGAUUUUGUCCCUGCUGUGAGUUUACUGACUCACACAAGCUAAUUAUUAAAAGCCUCAAAUAAAGACUUUUUCUUCCACUGUGGAGAAAGAAGAAACUGAUUUUAAAAUGGGGGUGAGUGCACGUCUUAAAUUGCAGGGAUGACAUGAUUUUCCUCUGUAGGUCAUUCUGACUUUGUUGUGUUUGGGUACGGCACAACACGAGCACUUAGAGCAUUUCAAAACAUUUCCAUCAGCAACUCUGAGUAAUUAAAUUUGUCAGGAUAGCGUUUUAUGGCUUGAUUUGUUUUAAGGUUAGUAUGAAAGCUUUAAUGUGUUUUUAGCCUCCUUGGAGUGUUGUCAUAGAUCCAUUUCUCACAUGUUAGUACCUGCUUAUUGUUUCAGUGAAUGCCUGUGUUUACCUUUAAUGUGCUCCUCUUCUGACAGCAUGGAUGUUUGUCUGUGGCUGUCUUUGAGCACUGACCGUGUGACGCGAGAGGGAAACUGUGUUUUUGAGUCUGUCUCCAUGUCUGUUUGCUGUGAUGUCUCCAGUUCUGUAGUUGAUGUUCUGCUUUAGUAAAUACACAGGAUGUACCAGAAUCAGCCAAAAGGCUCAUUCUAGAUCAGGAAAAACAAUAAACAACUGUGUUCUGAU